UAAAAGAACAUUGCUUAAAAAUUCUUGGUGUUUCGGUUCUAAAGAAUUUCAACUUCCUUUGUUUGUUAGCUGCUUAUUUUUUUAUCUCAACGCGUCAAAUUGCCUUUCAAUACCUUCCCGUUUUCAUGCUAUCGUUUGACUUGGAACGAUAUGAAAUAGCCGUUUUGAUGUCCAUAUUUGGCAUAUGGCUCACCAUCGGUCAACUUUGCAUUGGUUUUAUUGUCGAUCUCCUUCAUUUAAACAGCAAAAUCGUGUUUGUGCUUUCCCAGGCGGUCAUUGGAGCCACCGCUAUCUGCAUUCCACACUGCCACACAUACGUACUACUUGCUUUCGUUCUAAGUCUAAUUGGCCUCACAGCAGGAUUUACAGGCUCUCUACGGCUGCUCAUUACGACUGAAGUCACGGGUAGGGAGAAGUGUAAGGAAGGAUUCUCCAUGAUAAACCUUAUCACUGGAAUCGUUUUCUCUGUCGGUUCACCCUUAUUUGGAUUGCUGUAUGAUGUAACGAAAUCAUUGAAACUUGUCUUCUACAUAAGCGGAUCGUGCCAGUUGUUGGCAGUUGCCUGCAUCUUUAUUAUUUGUAAAUUCAUUCCAAAUAUGUCCUUUAACUCCGUACAACAUGAACCAGUUCUCAAAGAUGUGGAAAGUUAUCAGAAACGACCAGCGCCACUAGAUGGAGGCUGGGGAUGGGUCGUCUGUUUUGCUGCAGCCUCUCUCGCUUUCAUUGUAAAUGGACUGACAAGUUCUUCUGGAAUAUUCCUUAUUGGUCUCACCAGAAUCUUUGACGACCCAGUAUCGAAGCUGUCUUUAAUCGGAGCACUAUUAAGUGGACUCAGUAUGCUUGCAGCUCCAGUUGCCAGUAUGUUGUUGGUUUACUUUAGCCAUCGGACAGUGAUCAUAUUAGCAGGUCUUCUGGGUUUCAUAGGAGCUGUAUUGGGAGCAUUUUCGACCAGUAUCGAUAUGAUGAUAGCUACAUAUGGCCUCAUAGCAGGUGUGUCACUUGGAAUGUCAUUUUUCACGGGGCAAAUCAUUGCAGGAUUCUAUUUUGAAAAGAAGCGUGCUCUGGCAAUAGGAAUAUCGAAUUGUGGUGGUGGAAUGGGGAUACUAGUGGCCAACAUGUUAGUUGAGUACCUCAUAGAGUUUUAUGGACCGAGAGGGACAUUGCUUCUUAUUUCAGGGGCUCUUUUGAAUAUUGUUGUUUUUGGAUCGCUUUGCCGACCCCUGCAAUAUGCCUACAAAAAUGUUGAGCAGAAAGAAUCUAAAGACGGAACCAACCAAACUUCUGUGAUGGAAGAUGAAGAAUCUCACAACACAGGAAGCACCAGAGAGAGAAGGAUCCGAAACGAGAGAUUCAUAAUGUUAAAAGAGACGCAGAACGUGGAGAGUCUUUCAACAGCAGAUAAAAAUGGUCUCAAUGGCGAAUGCAUUGUCAGGAACCGGAAAGAUGAGAGAUCGUUGGCGAAGCGCUGCUCAAAUAUAAUUGGUGUUGAACUUUUUAAAAAUGUUAACUUUGUGUUACUGAUGUUGUCCUAUGGCUUUUGGGUGUUAAGUAUAACCGCGAUAAUAUAUAUGCCACCUCUCUGUGUUUGGUCGUUUGGCAUGACUCAAAAGAAGUCCGCCAUUUUAAUGUCACUUCUCGGAUUAUUCACAACAAUCGGUGAAUUCUUACUUGGUGUGUUUGUUGAUCUGCUUCACUUUGGUACCAAGAACAUGUACAUCUUCUCUCUGCUAAUAUCCUCUGUUUCUACUAUGUUGCUGCCAUACUGCUAUACCUUCCAAUACAUCGCUCCUGUAGUCUGUCUCUACAGUCUUGCUCUCGGGUUUACCGUAUCACUAAGACUGGUGUUAACCACUGAAGUCGUUGGUCUAGAACAUUCUACAAAGGCAUACAGUGUUCUAUGUGUCACGAGUGGAAUCGCAGGACUAGUUUCCCCUCCUCUUUUUGUAAAUUUAUUCCCAAAAUGUCCACCCAACCAACAAAACCCGAAACAGAUGUCAAGAAUAUGGAAUGUUACCGGAAACAACCAGUGGUACCAGAUGGAGGCUGGGGGUGGGUCGUUUGUUUUGCUGCAGCUUAUUGCUCUUUCAUAGUAAAUGGACUGACAAGUUCUUCUGGAAUAUUCCUUAUUGGUCUCACCAGAAUCUUUGACGACCCAGUAUCGAAGCUGUCUUUAAUCGGAGCUCUAUUAACUGGACUCAGUAUGCUUGCAGCUCCAGUUGCCAGUGUGUUGCUGGUUUACUUUAGCCAUCGGACAGUGAUCAUAUUAGCAGGCCUCCUUGGCUUCACAGGAGCCGUAUUGGGAACGUUUUCUACCAACAGCGAUAUGAUGAUAGCAACAUACGGUAUUAUGUCCGGUGUGUCACUUGGAAUGUCAUUUUUCACGGGGCAAAUCAUUGCAGGAUUCUAUUUUGAAAAGAAGCGUGCUCUGGCAAUAGGAAUAUCGAAUUGUGGUGGUGGAAUGGGGAUACUAGUGGCCAACAUGUUAGUUGAGUACCUCAUAGAGUUUUAUGGACCGAGAGGGACCUUAUUCUUAUUUCAGGGGCUCUUUUGAAUAUUGUUGUUUUUGGAUCGCUUUGCCGACCCCUGCAAUAUGUCUACAAAAAUGUUGAGCAGAAAGAAUCUAAAGCCUCACCAGACGAAACGAACCGAUUUUCUGUGAUACAAAACCAAGAAUCGGGCUCAACGGAAAUUAUUAAACAAAACGAAAUAGUCAAUAAGACAUUUGUUAGCUCAAACGAAAGACACAUUACGUAGGUGCAGUCACGAUCCUGUAUAUUGCACCUCUCAGCGUUUGGUCGUUUGGAAUGAGCCAAAAGAAGUCCGCCAUUUUGAUGUCACUUCUAGGAUUAUUCACAACCAUUGGUGAAAUCUUCCUUGGUGUGUUUGUUGAUUUGCUUCAUUUUAAAAGCAACAACUUAUACAUCUUCUCUCUGCUAAUAUUCGCUAUUACUACCAUAAUGAUGCCAUACUGUUACACCUUCCAGUACAUCGCUCCUGUAGUCUGUAUCUACAGUGUAGCACAUGGGUUUAUUGUUUCACUCAGACUGGUGCUAACCACUGAAGCCGUUGGCAUACAACAUUCAACAAAGGCAUACAGUUUUGUAAGUGUCACCAGUGGAAUUGCGGGUUUAUUUACCCCUCCACUUUUUGCGAUGGAUAAGUUAGAAAUUCGUACAGAUUUGAAAUAUGAGUUCUUUCUUGGAAAUACAGCAUCACAAACAGCUCGGAAUAUUAAUGGAGUAUUUCAUACUAAUUUUAUUAUACAGCAGACAGUAUCAAAUUGGUUUGCAAAAUUUCGUUCUGGUAACUUUGACCUCACAAAUGAGCAACGCGGUCGACCAGAAACAAAGGUGGAUAAUGACGAACUGAAAGCCACAGUCGAGUCAGAUCCAUCCCCAAGUGCCCGUGAAUUAUCGUUGUUGUUUGGUGUUAGCAAGCAAAUAAUAUUGACUCAGCUGGUUCAAAUCGGUAAAGUGAAAAAAGUUGGAUAAUUGGGUUCCACAUGAACUCAAUGAAAAUCAGAAACAUCAACGUUUGGAAGCCUGCAUUAUUUCUCGUCAUAAAAAUGAAUCAUUUUUAAAUCGAAUUGUAACAUGUGAUGAGAAAUGGAUCCAAUACAACAACCGUAAACGUUCAGCACAAUGGUUGGACAAAGACGAGUCACCAAAAGACAGUCCAAAAAGCAAAAUUCAUCAAAAGAAGCUGAUGGUGUGUGUUUGGUGGUCUGGCGCAGGUGUGAUCCACUAUGAUUUCAUUAAACUUGGCUCAUCAAUCACGGCCGAAGUAUACUGCAGCCAACUGGAGCAAAUGAUGCAGAAAUUUACAAAAAACAGCCUAGAUUAGUCAACAGACCCUCUCCUAUUUAAUUGCAAGACAACGCCAGACCACACAUCGUAAAAAUGACAUUGGCGAAACUCCAGGAGUUGGAAUUGGAAGUUCUCCAUCAUCCACCAUACUCACCUGAUAUUGAUACCCCCACUUACCCCCACUUCUUCCAGAAUUGGAAUAACUUUUUGAUUGGAAAAAAUUUAAUUCCGACGAUGCUGUAAAACAGGCCUUCCAAGAUUUUAUUGACUCCAGAUAGCCAGCUUUUACAAUCCCGGGCUGGACAAGCUACCGCUGAAAUGGCAAAAGUGUAUUGACAACAUGGGAGCAUACUUUGAUGAAUAAAACUAUUCCUUGUUUUCAUAAAA